AGAUCACGGUGACGGAGGAGAUGGCGGCCCCCGCGCCGCCCCCCGGCGGUCGCUCCGGGGACGAUUGGGACAGCGAAGGCGGCGGAGGGUUCUCCCUCUUCUACGACGGAUUCAGCGUCGACGGACACGGAGACUCCGACAGCAAAUCGGAGGGCGACGCGGCCGUGGAGGCGCUGAGCGAGGAGGAAGAGGAGGAGGAGGAGGAGGAAGAGGAGGAAGAGGACGAGGAAGAAGAGGAGGAGGAAGAGGAAGAGGAGGAGGAAGAGGAGGAGGACGAGGAGUCGGGGAACGCCUCCGACCGGAGCGCCUCGAGUGCGCGGCGGAGGAUCCGACGGCGCUGGAAAGACAGUCCAUGGCUGAAACCGGCGAGGAAGAGGAAGAGGAAAGAGCCGAGGGGGAAAGAGAGGGGUGUGGCGGUGGCGCCCCCCGGCGCCGCCCCCACUGAGUACACGGAGGUGCCUCUGGGCUGCCUGCAGCUGCCGGGGGGGGGCGGGCUCUCCCCCCAGACCCCAGGCGCGGGGGGGUCCCUGGAGCCCGAGCGCUUCGAGGAGCUGCCGCUGUGCUCGUGUCGCAUGGAGGCGCCCAAAGUGGAGCGCAGCGACGGGGGACGGGGGCUGUGCAUGGCCACCGAGAGCAUCGACGGGCAGCUGAGCGGCUGCGGCAGCGCCAUUCUGAAGCGGGAGACGAUGCGGCCGUCGAGUCGAGUGCCGCUGAUGGUGCUGUGCGAGAGCCACCGCGCGCGGAUGGUGAAGCACCACUGCUGCCCCGGCUGCGGCUACUUCUGCACCGCCGGCACGUUCCUGGAGUGUCACCCCGACGUGCGCAUCGGGCACCGGUUCCACCGCGGCUGCGUCUCGCAGCUCAAUGGGAUGAUUUUCUGCCCCCACUGCGGCGAAGACGCCUCUGAGGCGCAGGAGGUGACGCUGCCCCGCGCCGAGGGGACCCCCCCGGCCGCCGCCCUCAACACCCCCGAACCCCGGCGCUGCGGACCCCCCGCCCGCCACGACGCCCCCACGCCCAGCGCGCGGAUGCGGGGUCAGGGCGAGGGGCGCGCGCCCCCCCCGGACCCCCGCGCGGAGCCCAUCGACAGUUCGGGGGGCCCUGCGCUGCCGCUGCCCGCGGGGGGGGCGCUGUCGGCGCGGGGGCUCUCGCCCGGCCCCGCCCGAGACCUCCUGGAAAAGGCGCUGCUGGGACAGGAGGCCGAGAGGCGCAAGAAGCUCCGGUUCCACCCGCGCCAACUCUACCUCUCGGUCAAGCAGGGGGAGCUCCAGAAGGUCAUCCUCAUGCUGCUCGAUAAUUUGGACCCCAACUUCCAAAGCGACGCCCAAAGCAAACGAACCCCUCUACACGCGGCCGCGCAGAAGGGGUACCUCGAGAUCUGCCACCUCCUCCUGCAGGCGGGCGCCAACAUCAACGCGACGGACAAACUGCGUCGGACGCCGCUGAUGGAGGCGGUGGCCAACAACCACGUGGAGACGGCGCGGUACAUGGUGCGCCGCGGCGGCUGCGUCUACAGCAAGGAAGAAGACGGAUCCACGUGUCUCCACCACGCGGCCAAGAACGGCAACUUGGAGAUGGUCGACCUCUUGUUGGCCACCGGGCAAGUGGACGUCAACGCCCAGGAUAACGGGGGUUGGACCCCCAUCAUCUGGGCGGCCGAGCACAAGCACAUCGAGGUCAUCCGGCGGCUGCUGACGCGCGGCGCCGACGUCACCCUCACCGACAACGAGGAGAACAUCUGUCUGCAUUGGGCGUCGUUCACGGGCAGCGCGGAGAUCGCGGAAGUGCUGCUCAACGCGCAGUGCGACCUCCACGCCGUCAACUUCCACGGGGACACUCCCCUGCACAUCGCCGCCCGCGAGAGCUACCACGACUGCGUCACGCUGUUCCUGUCCCGUGGGGCGGAUCCGGAGGUUCGGAACAAGGAGGGCGAUUCCCCCCUGGAUUUGACCCCCGAGCGCUCCGAUGUGUGGGUGGCGCUGCAGCUCAACCGCAAACUGCGCCUCGGGGCGGCGGCGCGAGCGCUGCACACCGAGCGCAUCGUCAGCCGGGACGUGGCGCGCGGCUACGAGAACGUCCCCAUCCCGUGCGUGAACGGAGUGGAUGAGGAGCCGUGUCCGCACGACUACAAAUACAUCGCCGAGAACUGCGAGACCUCCGCCAUGAACAUCGACCACAACAUCACCCACCUGCAGCACUGCACCUGUCAGGACGACUGCUCCUCCAGCAACUGCCUCUGUGGGCAGCUCAGCAUCCGCUGCUGGUACGACAAGGACGGGCGCCUCCUGCAGGAGUUCAAUAAGAUUGAGCCCCCCCUGAUCUUCGAGUGCAAUCAGGCGUGCGCGUGCGGGCGGAGCUGCAAGAACCGCGUGGUGCAGAGCGGCAUCAGGGUUCGGCUCCAGCUCUACCGGACGGCCAAGAUGGGGUGGGGGGUGCGGGCGCUGCAGGCGAUCCCCCCCGGCACCUUCAUCUGCGAGUAUGUGGGGGAGUUGAUCUCCGACGCUGAGGCCGAUGUGCGCGAGGACGACUCCUAUCUGUUCGACCUCGACAACAAGGACGGGGAGGUUUACUGCAUCGACGCCCGUUACUAUGGCAACGUGAGCCGCUUCAUCAACCACCUGUGUGACCCCAACAUCAUCCCCGUCCGCGUCUUCCUUCUGCACCAGGACCUGCGCUUCCCCCGCAUCGCCUUCUUCAGCAGCCGCAGCAUCCGCCCCGGCGAGGAGCUGGGGUUCGAUUACGGCGAUCGUUUCUGGGACAUCAAAAGCAAAUACUUUCCGUGUCAGUGCGGCUCCGAGAAGUGCAAACACUCGGCCGAGGGGGGGGGCGCGGGGGGAACCCCCAGAGCUGCUGCCCCCCCUGCUGGCCCUGCCCCCCCCGUGACCCCCAAAAUGACCCCCCCGGCACCCCCAAACUGC